AUAAAUGUGUAAACAUUUAUUAUUUGGGAACAUGAACAUUAUUGAAUAUUUCCUGAACACUUCAGGUAUGAGCGAGUCUCCAGGUGGUGGCAGUAGUAUGAACAACGGAACAUCUCCCAUUCAUCAGCGUUCACGUGAUCCAUCCUUCUCCAGGUCGAGGUCACGGUCAGGAGAGCGCCGGGAUGGGUACAAGCACUCGUCCAGACGCUCCGGGUCACCCAGGUACCGUGAUGACCGCUGCCGCGACGACAAGUACUCAUCGACGACGUCACGACGUCGCUACUCCCGCUCACCCUCCUACUCCAGGACCCGACGCACCAACAGGUCACGUUCAAGGUCACCGAUGUCCAACCGUCGGAGGCACCACGGCAGCCGCGAGGACCCCAGCCCCAGCAACUGCCUUGGCAUCUUUGGUCUUAGUCUCUACACUACAGAAAGACAGUUACAACACUUGUUUGGGAAGUACGGUCAGUUGAGCAAGGUGCAAGUGGUCCUGGAUGCUAAGACUGGUCGCUCCCGGGGCUUUGCGUUCAUCUACUUUGAUCAUGUGGAGGACGCCACCGAGGCCAAGGAGCAGUGCACUGGCAUGGAGAUUGACGGCCGACGCAUCCGAGUUGAUUAUUCCAUCACUGAGCGCGCGCACACACCGACCCCAGGCAUCUACAUGGGUAGACCCACAUAUUCUGGUUAUGGAAGACGUGGUGGCGGUGGCGGCGGAGGUGGCGGUGGUGGCGGCGGUGGCAGGUACACUGGGGGUUAUGGUAGUCGUCGACGAUCACAGUCACCAUACCAUAGAGGUGGUACUCAGCGACGAUCGUUCCGUUCAAGAUCAAGAUCGUACUCUCCCCCCCGCUUGAAGAAUGAAGUAAUGGUGAAUAUUGGAAGAUAAGAGAUGGUAGUGAUUGAGAAGAGUAGAAGCAGUGGCCGGGGUUCAUUAGGGAGCGCUGCACUACGCCUUGUACCCAAGACGCUACACUCUAGUCUCCACUUUUAAUGGCGUCCAAGACUUGAACAGUUCACAAAGCACUUGAAGAUCUCGGUCAUUAUCGUGUUUACAGAAGGUCGGAGGGGCUCUUGGUGAAGCGGACGAAGACUUGAGCGCUUCGUGAGGUGCUUGAAGAUCUCAAUAAUAGUUUUACGAAGGUCGGAGGGGCUCUUGGCGAAGAAUUCGGUGUUGGUUUGAAGAAGAGAUUUAAACUGGGAAUGGUGGGUAGCACAAGAAGAAUAGUAGAGGCGCCAAGUUAAAGUUGAAGCUUGAUCAAAAUGUUGGCCAAGACCAAGAGAGGAAGAAUUAAGUCGGUACUACCACUGAGGUAAUUUCUUUCCAGUCUCUUGGAAAGUCUCUAAUAAGAGCACCAACAUAUUUAGUCUUUAAAAGAGUAUAUAAGAGAGUUGUUCAGAGUGACGAUUAACUCCACAUCUCUCUCAAAAUUAUUGAAGAGUUUCAAUUAUUUUUGUAACCACACUGAUCAUUACUCACUAGUGUUAAAUGUAACAUUUGAGUUGCUUAAUUGUGGAAAUGUUUGAACACACAGUGGCUUCUGCAGUCCAAUACAGAGGAGAAUAAUGGAAGAUGAUGAUAAGUUUGAGAUGAUCAGUUCCUCAUCCUGGAGUUGAUAUCUUCACUCCGUCAAACUUCUCAUCUUCCACUGUUCUUCUCUAUAUGGACUUGUAACUUACUAACUGGUCAGACAUUUAUACAAUAAAGUCGCAUCAGUGUUGCAUUCAAUAACUUGUCAGUUUUCAAAACCAUUUAUACAGUAUCCCUGAGAAGUGUGUAUGUGUCACUUUAUACACACGAAGUCAGUUUAAUAUGCACAGGUGUGUAUGUGUAUGUCUCAUUGUGACUGCAAUCGUUUGUUGAUACACUGAGAGGUGUGUAUGGGAGUACAUACACUAAGGUCUCAGUAUACACACUGUAUACUGAGAGUUAUCUCUUGCUAAGUAAACUACCACUAAGAGAUGUUGAUCUGUACUAAAAGUUUACUGGUAUCAGUUUUAGAGUAAAGGUGUCCUCGACUUUGUAGUGUAUAGGUGACACAAGGCCUUACAGUACCCCAAGGUAUUACUGUCAGCCUACCUUUGUGGAAGGUAGUAGUCUGCGGGUGGUAGAGGCUUGGGUGCCCAGUACACAUAUAUGGUCAUGUUAGGAGUGAGUGAAGAUCAGUAGUUCUGGGGAUUUAACAUGCUAUUGGAGUAUACACAGAUAACCCGCACAUAGAAGAGAGGAGCUUACGAUGACGUUUCAGUCCGACCGAAAUGUCGUCGUAAGCUCCUCUCUUCUAUGUGUGGGUUAUUUGUGUAUCGUUCCAGUCACGGUAUUGUGCCUCUUUUUGUUAUUUAUUGGAGUAUUUGAAUGAGUUGAAGUGUGAGCAAGGUAAUAGUUAGCUGUAAGUACUGGAGGUGGGAAGUACAGUGCCUGUACUCUGAAGGAUGAAUGAGAAUGUUACAAUUUGGAGGUGGGAAGUACAGUGCCAGUACUCUGAAAGAUGAGUGAGGAUGUUACAGUUCUGUAGGUGGGAACCAUGACUUAGUCAGAAAAAUGACUUAGAACCAUGACUUACAAUCAGAACCAUGACUUAGAACUGUCAGUAGUGUUACUGUGUACUGUGUAGUAUACUUAGAUAAUCCCAGCUACUUUAUAGAUAUGCUCCCUUGCUAGCCAUGACAUCACGAAACCCAUCACAUGUAAACAGUAGGCCAGAGGCAUUGUGGUCAGUUCCCGCUAGGCAUACACUGGUCAAGCAGGCUCCUCGGCUUCUCAAGACUCUCUUAAUUAUAUGCCUCCAAGACAUCCAACGUAUGUAUGUGUUACUCCAGUAUCUCCUCACGAACCCCACAACAGAACCACGACUUAGAACCACAAUUUACAGGUUCUUUGUUCAGAUCAAAGUCUUGAUGAGUAUUAUAAAAAUUCUUAUCAAGUUUUUAUUGAUAAAGGACCUUCCCUCCCAACCCUGAGGUCAUCCUGGCCAGGUGCUCUUAACCCCAGGGAGUGCAGCUGCCCCCUUGAGCCAUGCCUGGGGCACUGAGCAGCUCCUACAGGUCUAGCACUCGCCCCCCCCCACACACACACACACACACACAAAAAAAAAAAAAAAUAGGCUUCAAAAAAUAAUUUGAAAAAUUGACAUUUAAUAUCAUGAGGGAGGUGUUGAGGUGUGGAAUAAUUGUAAUUAUUACCAAACUAAUGAAUUAUCAGGCAGGAUAAAUUAUCAAGCAUAAUGACCACUAAAUUAUCAAAGUAAUUGGUCAGUUAUCAAGCAGAUUACCCCUCAGGAAUAAUUAUGCAGUGACUGCCAGAGAGAAUUAUUCAGUGAAUAUCAUAGUUAUCAUACGAGGCAGUUAUCACACAAGACAUCAGAUUGUAAAGUCUUCUUUGAUCUCUUUAACUGAGCCAAAGUUGGCUUGAUAAUGCUGAGUCUUAAAGUAUGGGUCUUUGACAAGUGUGAACGCUCAAGACUCAAGUACAGAUGCGCCUGUCGGUCUUGAAAACAGUUGAUUUCUUCUAAUUCGUAUUUCCUUUCCAGAUUUUUUUGGGCCUCUGACAUGAAAUUUAUGAAGACUGUUUUGUAACACGUAGUGGACUGGUACUGCAGCAGGCCUAUUGACCUAGGCUAGACAUGUGCUGCUCACACUAUUGUUGCACUUUCUUGCAGUACUGUCUGCUUCUGCUAGACUGCUGGCAGUGGUGGCGGUGGCAGCGGCAGUACCGUUGGUUGGAGUUAGUAACUAAAGGUACUUAUUUUCCCAGCAGAACCAUGUUGGUUCCCAUCUAUCAUCACUGAUGGUUGUGAUGCUACCAUCUAUCAUCACUGAUGGCUAUGGCAUUGCCAUCUAUUUGCCAUCACUGAUGGCUGUGACAGAACUGUACUCUUGUGAUGACUUAUUGUACAGUACAUGCUUCUUGUACAUAAAGUACACACGUCAUGGAGAAACACCUGGCACCAGUCUGAGUAGUAUCAGGUAUGCUGGUAGUACAUCUGCCAGACAGCAGGCACACUUUACGUUUAACAUCUCCACUAUUUGACUAUUCUGACUACCCUUCUCAACCUGCACAAAGUAUGUAUUCAGUACACAAACUCUCCAUAACUUGCUCACUACCAUCACAUGGAAGCUACAAGAAACAGUACAUACAACAAAGGUGCAAAUUUUAACUAGUUGCAACAACUCAUUUUGAAGUGCUACUUGUGUUGACUCUACUCUCCUGCAGCAUAUGGCAGAUGCAUCUUCCGACACAGUGUUGAACAACACUGGUUUAUCUCCUCCGAAUAUUGUAAUGGAAUUGGACUUAGCAAACCAGACUGUUGAUAUUUAGCAGCUACCAGUGAUGCUUAGCUGUAAAUUUGUCAGGAAGACGUACUACAUGCGUGUGAAACGCCAGGUGGUAGCACUAUCUGGUGGGUGUUCCUGGGGUCAGUGGCCUGAUCCAUGGCUAGGCCUCAUGGUGGAUCAGGGCCUGAUCAUCCAGGCUGUUACUGCUGGCAACACAUAAACAAAUGUACAAAUCACAGCCUGGCUGGUCAGGUACUGAUUUUAGGUGCCUGUCUAGCUCUCUUGAAGACAGCCAGGGGUCUUUGUAAUCACCAUUAUGCAUGAUGGGAGGCAGUGUUUAGGUAAGUUGUUUCACAGGUACCUGUAUACUACAACUGUUUUUGUCGAUGCUUCAGACCUGUCUGUGAUGUUUGUGGCUACAAGUGCACUUGAAGCAAACUACAGGUAUAUGGAGCACCAGGCAGUGAAUAGGUAAGUUCCUUCACUGGCACCUGUAUGCUACUGUUUUUGUUGACACUUGUGUACUUUGUCAAUUUCUUGAUACGAUCCAGGAUUGUUUUUUAAAACAGUUUGUGACAGAGCCAACUAGGGGAAAUAACCUCCUUGACUUGGUUCUUGCCAGUAGGGAAACACUAAUUAAUAAUCUUGAGGUUAAUGAUGAGCUUGGGGAGAGUGAUCACAAAUCACUCAGUUUUAACAUAGCAUGGAAUUCCCCUAAUAAUGGCAAUCAAGUCUCCGUCCCUGACUUUCGCUUGGCUGAUUUCAUAGGACUGAAAAAUUACUUAGGGGGGCUGAACUGGAAUGACCUGACUAGGGGUCAGGUAGGUGGUGAUGGUUGCCGAUAUGAUGCUUUCCAGGGCAUAGUUCUAGCUGCUCAGUCAAAUUAUGUUCCAAAUAGGGAAAUCAGAUCAAACAAAAAUGAUCCUAAAUGGAUGAA